AUGCAGCCAGGGGCUACAACGUGCACAGAAGACCGCAUCCAGCAUGCCCUGGAGCGCUGCUUGCACGGGCUCAGCCUCAACCGCCGCUCCACUUCUUGGUCAGCCGGGCUGUGUCUGAACUGCUGGAGCCUACAGGAGCUGGUCAGCAGGGACCCGGGCCACUUCCUUAUCCUCCUGGAACAGAUCCUGCAGAAAACCCGAGAGGUCCAAGAGAAGGGGACCUAUGACCUGCUCCCCCCGCUGGCCCUGCUCUUCUACUCCACCGUCCUCUGUACACCACACUUCCCGCCGGACUCAGAUCUCCUCCUGAAAGCAGCCGAAACCUACCACCGAUUCCUGACCUGGCCCGUUCCUUACUGCAGCAUCAGCCAGGAGAUGCUCACCUUCAUCGAUGCUGAACUCAAGGCCCCAGGAAUCUCCUACCAGCGGCUGGUGAGGGCCGAGCAGGGUCUGCCCCUCCGGAGUCAGCGCAGCUCCACUGUCACUGUGUUGCUGCUGAACCCAGUGGAGGUGCAGGCGGAGUUCCUCGCUGUGGCCAACAAGCUGAGCGCACCCGGGCAUUCGCCCCACAGCGCCUACGUCACCCUGCUCCUGCACGCCUUCCAGGCCACCUUCGGGGCCCACUGUGACCUCUCCGGGCUGCACUGCAGGCUGCAGCCCAAGGCCCUGGCUGAGCUCGAGGACAUCUUCGCGGAGACCGCGGAGGCACAGGAGCUGGCAUCUGGCAUCGGGGAUGCAGCCGAGGCCCGGCAGUGGCUCAGGACCAAGCUGCGGGCGGUGGCAGAGAAAGCCGACUUCCCUGGCGUCUUAGACACUGCGAACCCCGGCAAGCUCCGCACCAUCCCCAUCCCUGUCGCCAGGUGCUACACCUACAACUGGAACCAGGACAGCUUCGGGGAGCAAGAAAGGUUUCCAGGGUCCACAUGCCCAGAUGGUGCCUCCUCUUGCUUCCAUGCAGACAUCCUGCAGGAAAUCCUACUCAAGGAGCAGGAGCUGCUCCAGCCAGGGAUCUUGGGAGACGACGAGGAGGAGGAGGAGGAGGAGGAGGAGGAGGAGGAGGAGGAAGAGGACUUGGAAACGGAUGGGCAGUGUGCCAAGCGGGACUCACUGCUUUCCACCAGCUCAGAGGCCUCCCGCGACUCCACCCUGUCCCUUGCCUCGUCCCAGGCCUCGGGGGCCACCCUGUCACGCCAGCUGCUGACCUCCUUUGUCUCGGGCCUCUCAGAUGGCAUGGACAGUGGCUACGUGGAGGACAGCGAAGAGAGCUCCCCUGAGUGGUCCAAGACGUCUGGCAGUCGGGAGCGCCGGGGCUACCGCAGGCCCGGGCAGAAGUUCAACAGGAUCUAUAAACUCUUCAAGAGCACCAGCCAGCUGGUGCUACGAAGGGACUCUCGGGGCAUGGAGGGCAGCUCGGACGCGGCGCAGCCCCUGCGGCGGGCAGGGAGCCUCUGCAGCCCCCUGGGCAGCCCGGGGCCGCCCCCGGCCCGGCCUCAGCGCUCCCGCUCCCUGCCCCAGCCCAAGCUCACCACCCAGCUGCCCAGCUGGCUCCUGGCCCCCCCAUCACGCUAUCAGCGCCGCCGCCCCUUCCUGAGUGGGGACGAGGACCCCAAGGCUUCCACGCUGCGUGUUGUAGUCUUCGGCUCCGAUCGGAUUUCGGGGAAGGUAGCUCGGGCGUACAGCAACCUGCGGCGGCUGGAGAACAAUCGCCCAGUCCUCACACGGUUCUUCAAGCUUCAGUUCUUCUACGUGCCCGUGAAGCGGAACCAGGGGACCAGCUCCAGUGCCUGCCCAGCCCCUCCAAGCCAGACACCCCCACUCCCCACAGACUCCCCGAGGCACCCCGUCCCUACAGAGCUGGGCGUGGCCCAGUGGGAGGAGAGCACCAAUGAUAUCUCUCACUACCUCGGCACGCUCGACCCCUGGUAUGAGCGCAACGUGCUGGGCCUCAUGCACCUGCCCCCCGAAGUCCUGUGCCAGCAGUCCCUGAAAGCUGACUCCCGGCCCCUGGAGGGCUCGCCCACCCCGCUGCCCAUCCUGGCCGACAUGCUGCUCUACUACUGCCGCUUCGCCGCCCGGCCAGUGCUGCUGCAGGUCUACCAGACGGAGCUGACCUUCAUCACCGGGGAGAAGUCAACGGAGAUCUUCAUUCAUUCCCUGGAGCUCGGGCACUCUGCUGCCACGCGGGCCAUCAAGGCUUCAGGUCCUGGCAGCAAGAGGCUGGGCAUUGAUGGGGACCGGGAGGCCGUCCCUUUAACACUACAGAUUAUUUACAGCAAGGGGGCCAUCAGUGGACGCAGCCGCUGGAAUAACAUGGAGAAGGUCUGCACGUCCAUCAACCUCAACAAGGCCUGCCGGAAGCAGGAGGAGCUGGAUGCGGGCACGGAGGCCCUGACGCUAAACCUGACAGAAGUGGUGAAAAGGCAAAAUCCCAAAUCCAAGAAGGGCUUCAACCAGAUUAGCACAUCGCAGAUCAAAGUGGACAAGGUGCAGAUCAUCGGCUCCAACAGCUGUCCCUUUGCUGUGUGUCUGGACCAGGAUGAGAGGAAGAUCCUACAGAGUGUGGUCAGGUGUGAGGUCUCACCUUGCUACAAGCCAGAGAAGAGCAGCCUCUGCCCCAAACCCCAGAGGUCGCCCCAACCACCAGCCCAGGCCACAGCGGACCUCUGCUCCCUCCUCUGCCUGCCCAUCAUGACGUUCAGCGGAGCUCUGCCCUAGCGAGACCCCGCACCAGCCUGGACAGAAAGCCCAGAAGCAGCCUCUUCUGCGCCUCUCCCAGGUGGCCAGCUGGGCGGGUCUCGCUCCUUGUGGAGAACCAAGUGUCCCCGUGGGCCCUUUGGGCCCUGCACUGGGCAGGGGGCGGGGCAUCGGCAGUUUCUUUGGGACAGAAAUGGGCUUUGGGGAGAGAGGGGUUUGGCAACACCAUCCCUCAGAUUCCUUGAGGUAGAAAGGAGAGCUGACUUCUUGGCCCCAGCCACUGACAUGGUCAAAUGUCCUUUCUAGAAGAAAGAUCGGAGGCUCUGGUGCCCUGGGGUGUGGUGUAGGGCCCUUCCCCUAGCCUGUGGCUGGGCCCACUCCCUUGCCGAAGUCUCAGGGAACCCUUUGCGUCUGGAGUGCGGUCUCCUCUGCUCCCGGAACAUGGAGAUUUUCCAUUCCUGACCUGCAGCAGCACCCUACCACCCCUCUCUCUGGGCCCGUGGGUCUUCUGAAGAGCGGCACUAACGCUUUACUUGUCCACCUUCAGGACCUGGUGCAGGUUCUCUUGGGAGUCCCUUUCUGGAUCUGAGGUCCUGGGGAGACAGGACAGGUUAGAUGCGGCUGCGGCUCGGUCACCUUCUAGCUACAUGACCAGAAGGAAGUUAAUUAGCGUC